AUGUUCAAGCCAGGCUUGCAUCAUCAAUCCACGGGAGUUCGAGGAGGUCUUGCACACCAUAACCAAUCAUCAUCGGUGAUGAACAGCACAUCAAACAAUAGACAAGAUCUCGUUUUAACGUUCCUCACCAAUAAGAGGCUUUGGAGGGUUACGGUUUAUAGUUGUCUUGCAAGAUUGUGCACGCAUCCUUUGGCUGUUAUUGCUGCAAAUCAGCAAGUGUAUGGCCACCACAUCAAUAUUUGGAAAAUAAUUAAAACAGAUGGAGUUUUAGCUUUUUUCAAAGGAAUAGAAUAUCACUUGUACCUUGCAUUGCCUCAAUCAUUGCUUGGAUGGAUUGUAAUUAAAACUCUGUCGCCAAUUCUAAAGAGAUACAAUGUGGGAUCCUUUCUAAUUUCAAAGAUCAUAUUGAAUACAGUUUUAUAUCCAAUGUAUUUGAAGCAAUCAAGGGCAAUGAUUUUGGACUUUACAAGUCUUUCUAAAGAAGAAACAUCAUUGUCAUCUGGUGUUACAAAAUUAGAGGCGUUGCCUCCUGUUCAAGUCUAUUCAAAAACCAUGUGGCAAACAGUGAAAGACUGGUGGAAUAAUGGACCUUUGUUCAGUAUGGUAAAAUCAUUUUAUAAUUCUUUAGAUUUUACUGGAAUUGGAACAAAAUUAACUGAGAUAGUGGUAUUCCAUGUUAUUUACAAACAAGUUUAUAAGACAAUACCGAAAUUGCAAAUACCGUACAAGAAUUACGAAGUUGUACAAUUGUUAAUUUCAAAUAUGGUUGCUUUGCUUUUCAGUCAUCCAAUUGAAACCAUUUACAGAAGGAUGCUCUCCAAAUCCCAUCCUGAACAUACAAAUAUUAUCAAUAUCGUUAAGGAGAUUAGAAACGAUGGCGUUUUAUCAUUAUACAAUGGCUACCUUUUCGCCACAGCCAAACUUGUAUUAUUUCCAAUCAUUUUCGAAACUAUUAAUUCAAGAAAGCCAAAGAUGAGUCAAUAA